AUGACCUCUCCCCUACGAUGGACCAGAAAUAUCUUUCGAGAACCUCCCCUCGCAUCCCUCCGUUCCCCGACCACUGGCUGGAAAACAGUCCCCGCAUCGCUGUUCCUCGACGAGGAACACAUCUCCGAAUUCCAGAAAGGACAAUAUUACCCUGUAAACAUCGGCGACAUUUCUCACUCUAGAUACCGGGUUAUUGGGAAGUUGGGAUUCGGGCGUACUUCUACAGUAUGGCUUGCGCGGGAUAUGGAGGGUCAUGCGUAUGUGACGCUAAAAGUAUAUACGCGCGAUGAACACAAUAUCGAUGGAUUCCAGACCCACAAGUAUAUAAUAACCAGAAAGAAAUUGUGA